AGUUCGUUGAAACUUGUCGUAGAAGAAAGAAUAAUCGGUGUUUGGUUCUUACCCACAAACAAAAACCACAGAAAUUAGUUUUGUUGACAAUAAAAGGAAGGAAAGCGAAGAAAAAAUGUUCAAGAUAAUUUUAUUAGUCUCAGCCAUAGUGCUUUCAAUUUCCGCUCAAGUGUUUGUACAACCGGUUGCGCAUUUGUCACACCGACCUGUAAUCGCCCAUCAGGCUGUCAUUCAAAACAGUAUGUGGGAACAACAAUUGCCACCAGAACUUCUCAAAUCCAACAAAUUUUAUAGCAAUCCAAGAACAGCAGCACAUUUAGCACAAGAAAGUUGGCUUAUCAACGGCGAAAAUCCAGUUUAUGAUCGUGAAGCUGAAAAGAUUGACAGAAGUAGCAUCACAAAAAUCUUUCGCAAUGCCAAUCUCCACAAAAGAAAAUAAUUUUAAUGAAAAAGUUGAAUGUCUGUGAUAGUGUUUGUUUACGACUGAUAAAAAUGUUGUCAUAAAUUAUUUAUCUGUUGUUAUUAA